AUGCCGUGCUUAUGGUAAUGUUAUGGCAAAGCUUGUGACAGGGGACUGGUAAACAAACAAACAAAGACAUGCCAACACAAUACCUAUCGGAUUCAGUGGUCAAGUUUACUGACAGAUUGAAAUCAUAUCUUUGCAGGAGAGGAUUUCAGCACCCUGAACAGACUGGCAGUGGGAUGGGGAACCUACUCAAGGUGUUGACCAAAGAUGAUUCCCCUAACAAAAAUGUGGAUAUAUUUGUAGAUUUUGAAAAUGCCCAGCCAACGGAGGCGGAGUUACCAGUAUAUACCAGGGUUCAGGAGGUGUUACAGCAUGCGGCUGAUAUACAGACGCAGAUGCGACAGUACAAGGGAGCAGGCAAUGAAAUCAGAGAGGCGAUCUCAAACCCAAGGGACGAAUGUCAGCAAGACAAAGCCUGGGAUGCAGUAUUACCUCUGGUGUCCAAGUUAAAGCAUUAUUACGAGUUUUCCAUGCAAAUAGAGAAGAUAGUUCCUAUUCUGUUAAAUGAGCUGUGUUCCAAUGACCUUACCCCCAGACAACAUCUGGAGACCCAGCAGGCGCUCUUUAAACAGUUCGCUGAAAUCCUUGAUUUUGUUCUAAAGUUUGAUGACUGGAAGAUGACCAACCCUGCCAUACAGAAUGAGUUCAGCUACUACCGACGUACUCUCAGCAGGAGGCAUAUGGCAAAUGAGGAUGAACCAAGAAAUUGUACCGAAGUAACAAAUGAAAUGGCCAACCGAAUGUCUUUAUUCUAUGCCAAUCCUACUCCAAUGUUGAAGGCUCUUAGCGACACAACCACAAACUUUGUAUCUCAACAUAAAGAUUUGCCAAUAGAAAAUACAACAGAUUGUUUAAGUACAAUGGCAGACAUUUGCCGAACAAUGAUAGAAAAUCCAAAUUACUGCUCAAGGUUUAAGACUGAAGAGACAAAGUUGUUUUGUCUACGAGUCAUGGUCGGUGUGAUUAUAUUAUUUGACCAUGUUCACCCUGUUGGGGCUUUCACAAAACAGUCUGGCAUUGAUAUGAAAAGUUCGGUUAAACUACUGAAAGAGCAACAACCAGGCCGUGUGGAGGGAUUAAUGAAUGCUUUGAGGUAUACGACUAAACACUUACAUGAUGAGACAACUCCCAAAGCUGUGAAGACUCUACUGGGGUGAGCUGUCAAUCAUCGCAACUGACCAAUAGGGUGUGCCCACAGAAUGGGCUGGAUGUCUAUGUCAGAGGUUUUGACAUGUUGUCGAUUCUUAGAUUGUGACAUUAAAACGAGUGUAUGAAUCAGCUUAAUGUGCCUGGACAUUAAUUUUACUUAUAAAAGAGACAGUAUUUGAGGUACUUUUUUUGGCAAAAAAUUUUACAGGUACCCCAUUGAAUAAUAUUGCUUCUAGUUUUAUGUGGCUUCUAAUACUCUUAGAGAGUUUCAGCAGGUAUCUGUUUAGGCUGUUGUUUUGGUUCAAAUGACAAUGUUAAAUGCUGCUGAUGGUAUAUAUGUCAUAUAAGUAAAAUAUCUCACAAACAUUGAAGAGGAUGGAGAGGAUUAAGGUUUGAUUGAAACACCUAAGAGCAGUCCCAGGCACGUUGAUUAGAUUGGGUUAGAGUCGUGGAAUGCAGACAACAGUUUAUAGAGACAUACCGUACACACAAGCCAUUUUUGCUCACAUCAUCUUGGGACAUGUCCAGUGCUAUUCACAUGC